UGACUACCUAUCCAAUCUUCUUAAUUUUUAGUCACUUUUAACCCUUAUUUUUUUAUUUUUUUAUUUUUAUAAAUUGCAAUUUGAAUCAUAUCUUCAACCACUAAUCCUUUUUCUUCCAUUCACAACAAAACCCAACUUCUUCAUAAACCCAAGAACCCAAUUAUUCAAAAACUCAAAUUUCAAGCACCAGAAGAUUGAAGUUCAACAACAUCUGCGCCAAUGGCUUUAUCAGUCAAGAAUGUCAUUCUCCUUUGACUCAUCAGUUCACGAACUAACAUUAAAAACUGGGCUUAUGGAGUGAUUUAAUUGGAGGCAUGUGCAGAAAAGUUUUACACUGACGGUGUAUAUAAAUUAAAUCCUUAAAUAUUUUUGUUGGUCUUCAAUUGUGGGAAUAUAAAGCCAAACUUAACAUCAUUUUCAGAUUGCGAGGGACAGUGUGUGUCAGGGCAUUGUUUUGUUGAAUUGAGCUUUUGCAAGAAUGCUCUUCAGGAGUUUACAUUCUAGUAGCAAACUUCAGUAUCUGAGUCUGAGGUGUUUUUCAUCGACGACUCAUGUGCUUAAACCUGGGGAUGUUUUGAAAAAAACAAGGGUUUUUACUGAGGAAGAUGUUCUUCAGUACUCCAAAGUGAGCCAUGAUUAUAAUCCUUUGCAUGCCGAUUCGGCGGCUGCUCGAAGUGUUGGAUUUGACGGUCCAUUGGUACAUGGAAUGCUUGUUGCUUCGCUUUUUCCGCAUAUCAUCUCGUCACAUUUUCCUGCAGCUGUGUAUGUAUCUCAAACCUUGAAUUUUAAGUUACCAGUCUAUAUCGGAGAUCAGAUUGUUGGUGAAGUACAAGCAACUAAUCUACGAGAAAACAAAAAUCGAUAUUUUGCGAAGUUUAAGACGAGAUGCUUCAAGAAUGGAGACAUUCUUGUCGUUGAAGGUGAAGCAUUAGCUUUGCUACCAACCCUUGACUAUAGAGCAGUGGAAGUAUAAGGAGCAGUAGAAGCUACUCACAAUUCCAAAUUGUUGCAAUUGAUAAUGCCUCAUGUUUCGUUAUUUAGUGUCCGCAAUUUGGUUAUGUUUUGCAAUAGCUCACUUCUUUCUAUACAACUCUGAAUCGGAUGGCACAAAGAGUAUCUAUGAUCAAUUUUUGGGCAUUUUAUACCCUUUAACACUAAUGAUUUUGGAAAAGAACUGUACUGUAAUAGUGAGUGAGGUUUACCUUUA